ACAUUCUAGUUGAAAAUGAUUAUGAUUCGAUGCGCGGAAUCUGGUACGGAAGACCUAAAACGGGUCAGACGAAACGGAAUAGGAAGGACCAGAAUAAAGGCAACGUCGAACAAUAGUUCUUUAGUGGAUAUACAUACAACUACAUACAUACCUACAUAUGUAUAUCGAUAUAUUCCUCAGACUUAUGUAUAUAUAUAUAUAUAUAUAUAUAUAUAUAUAUAUAUAUACACAUAAUAUAUAUAUAUGUAUACAUGCAUAUCGAUUAUCAUAUCUCUAGCAAAAUAGACCUCGAUCGUUAUUGCUUAGAUCGAGCGAAUCGAAUAAAUUACAGAGUGAGAGAACGUUUUCGAAAGAAAUUCGUGGCAACGACGGUGAGAGGAAAAUUUUCUAAUUUUAUCGUUGCCUUUGUACUCCUCGUAGUCGGACGAGAGCGUUUCGAUUCCAGUAGAUUCUUUCAAAGAGUCAUUAUCCACUUCACCGCCUUUUAUUUCACACGACUCUUCUCGGACUUAUCGUCGAGAUACUGCGGAGUCUUACGAUUGAAAUUUUAUCAAGUAGACCGACGAUACAUUUUUUCCUUCACUCCUUUUCCUCCUCUCUCCCUCUACAUUCGAUUAAUAUCAUUUCUCUGCUUUAAUGUAUGACUUUUAAUCCUUGAAUGCGAUCAAUUAUUUUUCUUCCCUUUUUUUUAUUUCCUAUGCCAAAUCGUUGUUAUAAUUUUCUUGUUCUUUUCUUUUUUUUUUUUUCUUUUUUUUUUUCAAUUUUUAUCUCCUACGAUCUUCACCGUGACGUAUCAUCAGAACCGAUCUUUAUUUUGAAACGAUUAAUAUAUCUUGGUGUUGUAAUAAAAAAUCGUUAUAAAAAUUAGGACGAACUGACGGCAAUGGAGGAGGAAGGAAACUCGCGAAUACGCGAGACUGACUUUGUUAUUACGAUGGACCAUCUCGUUUUUCUUCGAUAAGGCCUUCGCUUUUUAAAGUGUGCGCGUUACAACUAUUCUUCCGGGAUAUAGUCGAUGACAAGAAAAUGCGAUGACGAAUUGAAGAAUCGACGAGAAAGAAAAUAGGAAUAAUGCCUCAAGAAAGCAUUCGUUGGCAAGGGACCCAGAGGAGAGCCUGUGGCCCAGGGGCACACUGGAACGUUCAGGUGGUCAGAGGGAAGGUGACAACGCGAUGCUUGUGGCAUGCCUGCAAAGCUCUUGGCAUCGGGCUCUUGUUGAUGGUUCUGGGUGCUUGUAUGGCGACUAUAGGUUAUUAUGCGGAUCAAUUAUCGGUGGCGCAAGAGGUUAGAGGUAAUUUGACAGUAAAAGUAAAAAAUGAAUCACGAGAGUUUCACUUGAACAAUCUCAGUUACGCUGGACCUAUUGUCAUGGGUGUAGGAGGAUUUAUCGUGGUGGCCGUAUGCGUGAUGACUUUCGAGGCGCGUGAUAGCGCGGCUAAGGUGGUACCGGCACGUUUUCGAUUCAAUCAGAGUACGUUAAAAGGUGGGAGGACUCAACGAAAUCGUAGAUCGACGUCUUGUCAAACGACUAACAAUAAGUGGGAUCAUCAAUAUGGUCUAUUCAGGAUUAAUCGGAGCUUGAGUCCUAGCGCUCAUGAAAUCUCCCGAAGACAGUUAAAGGCUGAACUAGUGCGAUUCUCACGAGAUUUACACGAGAAAAGUGUAUCGCAUACGAUUAAAAAGAGUCCAAGUGCUCCGAUUUUGAUCGAUAAGAAAUCACCUCGGAGAGAGGUUCCUCAGUAUGCUGCCUGUGCACUCCUCAAUCCACAAUUAUUGCAGAGACACGCUCUAUCCGUUGAUAAUCCCGCUUACAGUCCUCCUCAAGUUAGUCGGGAGAGUUUGGAAUAUCCAAAAUUAACUGGCAGUCAGGUUUCAAUGGCUAUGGAUCUUCAUAUCCCUAAUAAAGGACCGGUUACAUUGAGAGUAAAAGAUCGAUCGGACACGGCGAAACGUCAUCAGUUGCUUCGGCAAACGAAAAUCGAAGAUGUCGAGGAGAUCAUGGAAACGAAAAGACCAACGUCCGGAUAUAUAUAUUCACCUAGAUUAUCAGGCAUAUAUAGCAAAUAUCCUGGGGAAUAUGUAAUCGGUAAAAGAAAUUCUGUAGACGUUCGGUAUUUGGAAGAUCUCGGGUCCGUUACAAGAGAUUCGGUGAAAGUUUCACCACGAGAUUUUCGAAAACUUUCAUCUCCGAACUUUCGUAAAAUGUCUUUCGAUAAAAUCGGCAGUGCUGAGCACAGAUUGGACAAAUCGAUGAUGGGCCAUCGAAAGGCUAGUUUGGAGUUUAGAAGGAGUCCGGAUUUUCGUCGAGGUGAUUACAGAAAGCUAUCGAUGGACAGAUUCAGCGUGGAUUAUACCAAAUGCGUAAUGGACGAGCUCGAGUUUAGAUCCAAGGCAAGCAGCGGCGAGAGCUUAAAGAAACAACGUUAUCCUAAGCUUCAUCAUUCUCGAUCGGACGACAACAGAAGACGUUCCUUCGAUAAAGGUCAAAGAGAGUCACAAUCCAGCAGAUAUUCAUUGAACACGCAAGGUGCUACGGACAGUGCCGAUUACGAUCUAAGAUAUUUUAUAUCAACUUCAUUGAGCACCGAGGAAAGUCGUACGGAAAAUCCAGAAGAUAGUCAUGGUUUCGACAUCGACGAAUCCUUGACUAAUCCUUCGCCGUUGGAGGGCCAAGCGGAAACGGAUACGCUAUUGGAAGAACCAGAAUUGGAGAAUCUCACGGAAAAUGACACCGAAAAUUCCGUUGAUCAUUUAAAUUGCGAAGAUACGAAAAAGAUGGAGAAUCAUUCGAUAAAGGGUGAAGAUAUGAUGCUGCAGGAUUGGAAGAAUAUUUUGAAGCAAUCGGAAAUAAAGAGGGAAACGAUGUUGUGCAUAGAAGACGACGAGGUUUGAAAUCAUUUCUAUUUGUUUAUUACUUCUUCGGACGUUUUUCCAAAAAAGAAAGUGAGUUCGUGGUUUCAUUCUGGAUCGACGUGUCUAGUCGAGUUUUACUCUAGUCGCGUUGCAUUAAUAUGACAUGCAAACGAUCAAUAUAUUUUAAGCGAUUAAUUGUAUAUAUAUAUUUAUAUAUAUUUGUGUAAUUUGAAAGCGUGCGCUCUAAAGAUGCUGUUAUAUAUCGUCGAAUACGAUUAAAGAGAGCGAAAGAGAUGACGUUAGGAUUUAAAUUGUCUAUUCGUAAAGCGAGCCCAAAAGAUCAGAAUAUUUCGAGGACCAUUGAUUUAAAUAUUGGAUACAACAACUCUGUGAUUUGUAACGUGUAGCAAUGCUGUAAGAUGACGAAAGGCAAUUAUGAAAAAAGAACGAGCUUUUUAAAUUACAGGAGAUUUUACAAGAUUUUAAUACGACACUCGUUAAUACGGCCUUUGAAUUGUUAUUAUAUUAUCAAUGUUUUAAAACCUUAAAUAUUUAUUGUAGAUGAAUCGUCGUAUAAGGAAAUAAGAAGGAAAGAACUAAAAAAAGGUUUUAAAAGAAAGAGGCAAAGUUUUAGAUAUUCUUUAAAUCGCUCGUUCGUUGAUCCUUUACUUCGUUUUAAUCGAAUCGAAAAAUUAUUUAUCGAUCGAUUUUUUCGAUGUCAUAUAGAGCGAACUAAAGCGAGAAAAGGACAAUAAAAUUCAUACGAGUAUUGUCACGCGACACUCUAAAAGAUACUCGCGAGAAGUUUAAUGAGAUUGGUCAAUUUUCUCUUAUACCAAUUGCCUAUCUUGACUUAAAUUAUUUAGAUAUUAUAAGAAUAAUAAAAAGAAGUGAAUUCGUUCGAUUAUUUAAACUUUACCAUUGACAUAAAACGAUAAGGCGUCGAUACAAUCACAAUAAUACUUAUAUGUUAUUAUGUAAAAGAUAAGACAAAUUGUAACUCGAAUAUAAAGAAGAGAACAUUAAAUGACAUUAUUUAUAUCUCCUAAUAGCUCUAAUCGAAUGAUUGUAUUAAUAAAAUUAAAAACGAUUUCGUAAGAAA